AUGCCUGAUUUUGCCACAGGGAAAAUUGUAAAGGAUAUCUCGAAGUCCAAGUUCGACACAGAUAAGCUUAAAACAGUGCUAUCAAGUAAAAUAGACCUAAAUCAGCUUAUUGAAAGUUUCCCCAGGUUUUAUGAAAGCACACUGCCAGUAUACACUCCCUUCUUUAUCAUUGCAAAGUUAGAAGCAACAUUUCAUGUAUUUUUAUAUCUGAGCUCCAAUGGACUGUAUAUUAUAAACGAAGUUACCAUCAUCUCUUUAUCAACGAUCUUAUUUGAAGUUAAAGAUGAAGUAGUAUCAAGAGCAAUCUUAGACAUAAAUAUCAUUAAGAAGCUAACUAUGUCCCAAGUCAGUAACAAUGAAGAUAAAGCCAACCUCAAGGAAUGGAUAAGGCCUGUUUGGUUCCCACCAAAGAAUGAAAGCGACUCCAAUAAUGCCUAG